AUGGAUGAUACUAAUAGUAAUAACAAUUUCGACCAGAAAGAUUAUUUUGAUCAAUUGAGUAACGUACUUCCGUGGCAACGAUCAUUUACAUCACAUGAACGAAUCAUAAUUGUACUAAUUGCUACUACAGUUGUCUCACUCGUUGGUUGUACAUUGCUCUGUUUUAUUUGCUCGCUAUCUCCUUUACGACGACGACCGAAUUCAAAAAAGAAAAUAGUAUCAAGAAACGAUACACUUGUGCUUCCAUCAGUGCCAAGUAAUGAAUCUAGUAUUCAGACAGAUGACAAGUCUAAUUUUAAUAUAUUAUCACAGUAUCCAUAUUUAUAUUUGGGAAGAGAAUCUUCUUAUGGAACAAUAUCAGAUAUUGAUGGUGGUAAAUUGAGUAAUGGUAUUAAUUAUCCAUCAUCAAUGAAUAGAAAUGUUAGUCGUUCUCUAUCACUCAAUUCAUCAAUUUCGACUGAUAGCUCAGUUGUAACAAUAACUGAUACAUUUCCAGCACCUUCAUAUGCUCAAGUCAAUGUUGAACUGAAUUUUGACAUAAAAAAAAAUUUGCUAGAAAUUAAUUUAACAAACGGUAAACAUUUUUCACUUCAUCCUGCAUUCGACGAACAAGCAGAAUUUUUUAUUCAUGUACAAUUGUUAAAUAAUAAAAUAUUAAAAAAAUUUCAAGAUGCAAGACGAAAUCGUCGAUCAAGUUUACAGCUCAGUACCUGGAAAAAUCAGCAGGAAAAAACUACCAAGAAAUUAUCACGAACAACAUCUGAUACAUUGAUAUGUGAUGAAUAUUUACAAUUCGCAUUGAAUAGUAAUAGUGUGAAAUCAGUAUCACUUCGCUUUUCACUGUUUUGUAUUGAACGAGCUGGUACUCAAGAUGUCAUGUUUGAAGCUACAAUUCGUUUAGACGCAUCGAUGAUACCUCACUAUAGGAAAAUAAUUGAAUUUAAAAAUUUACCUGAAAUUGCAUUUGGUGAAAUAUUUCUUGGCCUAAGUUAUCUUCCAACUGCUGGAAGAUUUACAAUUAAAAUUGAGAAAUUACGUUACCUUUGUAAAAAAGAGAAAGAUCAAAUAAUUGAUGCUCGAUUAAUAGCGACGUUUUUUCAUCAUGGUCGUCGUUUUUUUCAAAAGAAGUUGCCAUCUUUUAUUUCUAAUGAAUCAUUUACAACAAAUAAUAAUGCAUAUGAAAUAAAUGAUAUUAUUACACAAAAUAUUCCACAAAACGAUAUUCAAUCGAUCUAUGUACAUUUCGAACUUAUUAUUCAUAUAUCAAAUUUAAAAGAGGAAUCAAUAAUGUCCUGUGGUUCAGUACUACUUGGUGAACAUACACGAUAUGAAACUGUUUGGCAAAAAGUGCUUGAACAACCUCGACAGACUCAUCUUGGCUGGUAUCAAUUUUUUGGCUAA